AUGGCCGCCGGCGCCCGGCGCUGCUCCGGCCUCGGCUCCGGCUCGGGGCCCCGGGGGCGGCCGAGGCUCGGCUUCCCGCCGCCGCCGCCGCCGCCGCUGCUCCUGCUCCUGCUCCUGCUGCCGCCGCCCGCCGCCGCCGCCGCCGCCCCGCGGGAGCCCGACAGCCCGUGCCGGCUCAAGACCGUCACGGUGUCCGCGCUGCCCGCCCUGCGGGACGGAGACCUGGGCUGGAGCGGCGGCCGCGCGGGGGCCGGGAGCGGGGCCGGGGCCGGGGCCGGGAGCGGGAGCGGGGCCGGGGCCGCCGCCGCCGCCGCCGCCGCCGCCGCCGCGUCCUCGGGCUCCGCGGGCCCCGCGGGCGCCGCCGCCGACUCGCGCCUCCUGCUCUUUGUGCGCAGCGAGCUGCCGGGGCGCGUGGCGGUGCAGGACGACCUGGACAACACCGAGCUGCCCUUCUUCACCCUCGAGAUGUCUGGCACAGCGGCGGACAUCUCCCUGGUCCACUGGAGGCAGCAGUGGCUGGAGAACGGGACCUUGUAUUUCCACGUCUCCAUGAGCAGUGCCGGCCAGCUGGCCCGGGCCACCGCGCCUACGCUCCAGGAGCCCUCAGAGAUUGUAGAAGAGCAGUUGCACAUUCUCCACAUUUCCGUGAUGGGUGGCCUCAUCGCGCUGCUGCUGCUGCUGCUGGUGUUCACCGUGGCGCUGUACGCGCAGCGCCGCUGGCAGAAACGCCGCCGGGUGCCCCAGAAGAGCGCGAGCACGGAAGCCACGCACGAGAUUCACUACAUCCCGUCAGUGCUGCUGGGACCCCAGGCCCGGGAAAGCUUCCGCGCGUCUCGGCUGCAGGCUCACAACUCCGUCAUCGGGGUACCCAUCCGGGAGACCCCCAUCCUGGAUGACUACGACUACGAGGACGACGAGGACCUGCCCCGGCGCACCAACCAUGUGUCCCGGGAGGAUGAGUUUGGCAGCCAGGUGACCCACACCCUGGACAGUCUGGGCCGGCCCGGAGAGGAGAAGGGGGACUUUGAGAAGAAAGCAGCAGCUGAGGCGACGCAGGAGACCGUGGAGUCCCUGAUGCAGAAGUUCAAGGAGAGUUUCCGCGCUAACACGCCCAUCGAGAUCGGUCAGCUGCAGCCAGCCCCACGCAGGGCCUCGGCAGGGAGGCGGAAGCGGAGGAGCAAGUCUCGAGGGGGAAUCAGCUUUGGGAGAACCAAGGGGACUUCGGGUUCAGAGGCAGAUGAUGAAACGCAGCUGACGUUUUAUACGGAGCAGUACCGUAGUCGCCGCCGCAGCAAAGGUUUGCUGAAAAGCCCAGUGAACAAGACAGCCUUGACGUUGAUUGCUGUGAGCUCCUGCAUCCUGGCCAUGGUGUGUGGCACUCAGAUGUCCUGUCCACUCACCGUGAAGGUGACUCUGCACGUGCCUGAGCACUUCAUUGCAGAUGGAAGCAGUUUCGUGGUGAGUGAAGGGAGCUACCUGGACGUCUCAGACUGGCUAAACCCGGCCAAGCUGUCCCUGUAUUACCAGAUCAAUGCCACCUCCCCAUGGGUGAGGGACCUCUGCGGACAGCGGACAACAGACGCCUGCGAGCAGCUUUGCGACCCCGAAACUGGAGAGUGCAGCUGUCAUGAAGGCUAUGCCCCCGACCCGGUUCAUAGACACCUGUGUGUGCGCAGUGACUGGGGACAGAGUGAAGGACCUUGGCCGUACACUACACUUGAGAGAGGUUAUGACCUAGUAACGGGAGAGCAAGCUCCUGAAAAGAUCCUCAGGUCUACUUUCAGCUUGGGCCAAGGACUCUGGCUUCCGGUCAGCAAAAGCUUUGUGGUUCCGCCUGUGGAGCUGUCCAUCAACCCCCUGGCUAGCUGCAAGACGGACGUGCUCGUCACAGAAGACCCUGCGGAUGUCAGGGAAGAAGCGAUGCUGUCCACAUACUUUGAAACCAUCAACGACCUGCUGUCCUCCUUUGGGCCUGUGCGUGACUGCUCUCGGAACAAUGGUGGCUGCACACGAAACUUCAAGUGCGUGUCUGACCGCCAGGUAGACUCCUCGGGAUGUGUGUGCCCCGAGGAGCUGAGGCCCAUGAAGGACGGCUCGGGAUGCUACGACCACUCCAAAGGGAUCGACUGCUCUGACGGCUUCAAUGGCGGCUGUGAGCAGCUGUGCCUGCAGCAGACGCUGCCUUUGCCCUACGACGCCACCUCCAGCACCAUCUUCAUGUUCUGCGGUUGUGUGGAGGAGUACAAGCUGGCUCCUGAUGGAAAAUCCUGCCUAAUGCUCUCAGAUGUCUGCGAGGGCCCCAAAUGCCUCAAACCUGACUCCAAAUUCAACGACACCCUCUUUGGAGAGAUGCUACAUGGUUACAACAACCGGACCCAGCAUGUGAACCAAGGCCAAGUCUUCCAGAUGACCUUUAGGGAGAACAACUUCAUCAAGGACUUCCCUCAGCUGGCCGAUGGGCUGUUGGUGAUCCCGUUGCCGGUGGAGGAGCAGUGCCGGGGGGUCCUCUCCGAGCCCCUCCCAGACCUCCAGCUGCUCACUGGAGACGUCAGGUACGACGAGGCCAUGGGUUACCCGAUGGUGCAGCAGUGGCGGGUUCGAAGCAACCUCUACCGUGUGAAGCUCAGCACCAUCACCCUCUCAGCAGGCUUCACCAACGUCCUCAAGAUCCUGACGAGGGAGAGCAGCCGGGACGAGCUGCUGUCCUUCAUCCAGCACUACGGCUCGCAUUACGUCGCCGAGGCCCUGUACGGCUCCGAGCUCACCUGCCUCAUCCACUUCCCCAGCAAGAAGGUCCAGCAGCAGCUGUGGCUCCAGUAUCAGAAAGAGACCACAGAGCUGGGCAGCAAGAAGGAACUCAAGUCCAUGCCCUUCAUCACCUACCUCUCAGGUCUGCUGACAGCCCAAAUGCUGUCGGAUGACCAGCUCAUCUCAGGUGUGGAGAUCCGCUGUGAGGAGAAAGGCCGUUGUCCAUCUACCUGCCACCUUUGCCGCCGACCAGGCAAGGAGCAGCUGAGCCCCACACCAGUGCUGCUGGAAAUCAACCGUGUGGUACCACUUUACACCCUUAUCCAAGAUAAUGGUACCAAGGAGGCUUUCAAGAGUGCACUGAUGAGCUCCUACUGGUGCUCAGGGAAAGGGGACGUGAUCGAUGACUGGUGCAGAUGUGACCUCAGCGCCUUUGAUGCCAGUGGGCUCCCCAACUGCAGCCCCCUCCCGCAGCCAGUGCUUCGUCUGUCCCCAACAGUAGAGCCCUCCAGCACAGUGGUCUCCUUGGAGUGGGUGGAUGUUCAGCCAGCUAUUGGGACCAAGGUCUCGGACUAUAUUCUGCAGCAUAAGAAAGUGGAUGAAUAUACGGAUACGGACCUCUACACAGGAGAGUUCCUGAGUUUUGCGGAUGACUUACUCUCGGGCCUGGGCACAUCAUGUGUAGCAGCUGGUCGGAGCCAUGGAGAGGUCCCUGAAGUCAGUAUCUACUCUGUCAUCUUCAAGUGUCUGGAGCCCGACGGUCUCUACAAGUUCACUUUGUAUGCUGUGGAUACACGAGGGAGGCACUCAGAGCUCAGCACAGUGACCCUGAGGACAGCCUGUCCGUUGGUGGAUGACAACAAGGCAGAAGAGAUAGCAGACAAGAUCUACAAUCUGUACAAUGGGUAUACAAGUGGAAAGGAGCAGCAGACUGCCUACAACACGCUGAUGGAGGUCUCGGCCUCAAUGCUGUUCCGAGUCCAGCACCACUACAACUCUCACUACGAGAAGUUUGGCGACUUUGUCUGGAGGAGUGAGGAUGAGCUUGGGCCCAGGAAGGCCCACCUGAUCCUGCGGCGACUGGAGAGGGUGAGCAGCCACUGCUCCAGCCUCCUGCGAAGCGCUUACAUCCAGAGCCGUGUGGACACCGUGCCCUACCUUUUCUGCCGCAGCGAGGAGGUCCGGCCUGCGGGUAUGGUGUGGUACAGCAUCCUCAAGGACACCAAAAUCACGUGCGAGGAGAAGAUGGUGUCCAUGGCCCGAAACACGUAUGGGGAGUCCAAGGGCCGGUGAGGGAGGGUGCUGCCCUCCGUGAGCACAGAGACUCUCCGUGGGAGGGGGAGCAGUACUCUCAUGGAUCCUGGGGCCUGGGGGGGGCUGGGGGACAGCUGAGGAUGGGCCUGGCAGAUGAGGCUUGCCAGCAAGGCCAAAGCAAACUCUUUCUCUUGUGGAUAGCCGGCAGAGAACUUUGUAACCACUGGAAUUAUCCGUUUUUCUCUUUUAUUUUUUCUAAGAUAUUAUUUGACUCUAUCAAAGUCUCUCCUUUUUAAACUUUUUCUUAUGGAUGGCAGUCAAUCCCGAGGCAGGAGCUUUCAGGUGGAGACCAAGCGGCCUUUGCUCUUCUUCCUUCCUCCUGCCACACUCAGCUUCCUUCCUGCAAUGGACCCCGAAGGAGACCUAUGGAGAGACAAUCUGACCUCUUCAGCAUCAGGAAGGAGGCCCUGAGGAUUGUUGCAGUGAGGAAUCCUGGGUCUUUAUGACUUUUUUUUUUCCAGACGUUAUUGAGUUUGCAGGAGCCCUGCCUCUUCCUGCUACCUGUGGGUCUGCCCAGAGUCCCUGCAGGACUUUCCAUGCAUUAAAAAUUCUUAUUGUCUCUCUUUC